CGGAAGGAGGCGCUUUCUGGUAGCAGCAGAUUCCGAGGGAAGCGUCCCUGGCAAAGAUGAUUCAGGCGAUUCUGGUUUUCAACAACCACGGGAAGCCUCGGCUGGUUCGCUUCUACCAGCGUUUCCCAGAAGAAAUUCAACAGCAGAUUGUUCGAGAGACUUUCCAUCUAGUCCUCAAGCGGGAUGACAACAUCUGUAACUUCUUGGAGGGUGGAAGUUUGAUUGGUGGCGCUGACUACAAAUUGAUUUACCGGCACUAUGCUACCCUCUACUUUGUAUUUUGUGUGGAUUCAUCAGAGAGUGAACUUGGGAUCUUGGACCUCAUUCAGGUUUUUGUGGAGACUCUGGAUAAGUGUUUUGAAAAUGUUUGUGAAUUGGAUUUGAUCUUCCAUAUGGAUAAGGUGCACUAUAUCCUCCAGGAGGUGGUGAUGGGUGGGAUGGUGUUGGAAACAAACAUGAAUGAAAUUGUGGCUCAGAUUGAAGCUCAAAACAGGCUGGAGAAAUCAGAGGGUGGCCUUUCAGCAGCACCCGCGCGGGCCGUGUCUGCUGUGAAGAACAUGAAUCUGCCUGAGAUCCCACGGAACAUCAACAUUGGCGAUAUCAACAUCAAAGUCCCCAAUCUGUCCCAGUUUGUCUGAGGGUGGAGGGUUGGAGACCUUAAGACAGACAAAGACAGUCAAGUCUGGAAACAAUCCAUUUUGAGCCUUAGAAGAGUCAAGCCUCAGGACCUUGAACCUUUCUGUCUGGGAAGACCAUCUGGCCUGGAAUGGGGAAGGGAUUCAGAUGCCACUGUGUGGAGCACUUAGUUCUCGCACAUACAGUCAUGCCACUGUAUACAUGGCACUGGUGAUGUGAGUAGGCAGUCAGUGUGGCCAGGCCACUUGCACAUUUACCUCCUGCACACAGCUGCUCCCAGGGACUGAGGACUGUGUGGAUCAAGCCCACCUGUGGCCCAGAAUCCCAUCACUAGAGCUGAGUACUUUCUCUGACUAAAAUUUUCUUCUUCAGUACCACAGGCUUCUGAGGUCCUCUGGCAUUUACUUGUGGCAAGCACCUAGGGAAGAGGAUCAGCCCUUCAGACCUUGGGAUGUGGCAAGUAAGGGAAGGGUAUAUAAGAACCACAGACACCUGCAGGCUCUCCUAGGGUUACACCCAGAAUCCUUUUUUAUAACCAAGCUGUCUGGUCAUCGCCUCCUGUUAAAUACAUCCCCUGUGGCUUCAGUUCUGUUCUCACAGGUGUUUAUAUGCAGGACACAAUCUAAAUCAUAAGCCUGGCUCAUUUCACCAUACUUCUGCUGAUAAAGGAGGUACCUCACACCACAGAGAGAUCCUCCUCCCAGAGAAGAGGUCCUGUGACUGUUAGAGGUUAAAGCUGCCAAUGUGUGGAAUAUCCCAGGAUUAUGACUCUUCCCAAGUUUAAAACACAUUCCCUUCCUAAGAGCAGUUGCUGUGUUGUGAUAAUGAGUCCCCCCAUCAGUAGGAGACCCAAUGCCACCAGUGCCAGCCUCUAGAACAUGCGAUCUGGGGCCCCUUGCAGGGUCCAGACCAGGAACACACUGGUGAAGACUGGAGCAGUGCUGCAUCUUCUCCCUCCCUGAGCUUGACUUUGGACACUUCCAGUUCCCUCAGGUGACAGUCUCCCAGGGCUUUGGAGACCUGUAAAUGUUUACAUGCAAAGAGUCUUUCUUCCUAUGGAUAAUUUGAAUCUAAAACCGCUGCUCAUAGUAGGACCUCUUACUCCACAUUGUCCCACCACACUGUCGUGCCGGCCAGGUCUCAGGAAUGAUGAGAGCUGCCUUGAGAUUAGGGAGCUAACUGCACUUUGAUGGAAGUCUCCCAGCCUGGUGUCCCAAACUGGUUCCUCAGGCCUCCUGAAGCUGUUGCAGAGCAGGCCUGAGAUGGUGCCUAGCAGGACUCUGUGUCAGGGCCAUAUCAUUUUUCUUUUCUUGAACAGUACUUCCCAUGGUUUGUGCCCAUUGUUCCUGGAAGCCUCCUGUCCUUACUCCUUCAGCACCACUGUGGUAACCUCAGUGAUAGGCAGUUGACCAGAAGGUAGGCCUCUUGUGGGAAAGGGGGAAGAAUGGGAGAAUCAAUCUGAUGACAAACCCCUCACAACACUCCCCUAAGGGAUUUGAAUUUUUUUUUUUUAGCACAUUGAUAUCCCUUUCAUGUUUGCCAAGUGUGAAAUAGGAAUAAAAUAAGGCAACUGAUGCUAGGCAUGGUGGCAUAUGCCUGUAAUCCUAGCAGCUCUGGAGGCUU